AUGGAUAUCAGCAGCGAACCAGUGAUCCGGGUAUUCCCGGAUUCAGAGGCGAACUUACUGGCGCUGUUCGAUUCAGUGUUGAAUCCAAACAGUAAGACACCCCAACAACUACCGUUUCGCAUGCGCCAGCUACCUAAUUCAUUUUUCAUACCACCAGUCACCGGAUCUAAAUCACACAGUCUUAAAAACUCAGGUGACUUAGUUUCGGGCCAAACGGCAGUAGCCGUCGGUGGUAGAAAAAUGACGGGCGUGACCGGCAAAAAAUCCAUUCUGUUACACUCGCGCUCGAGUAGCUCGUCGGCUUCGCUGCAGGAACCAUAUACAGUCGAGACGGCCAAGCAAAGGCAGGCGCGCCAUGCCAGGCGAAGAAGAUACCACAAGUCUCGCGCCAUUAACGAGUUGGGACCACUGCCGCAGGGAUGGGAACAGGCUCGUACGAAGGAGGGUCUGAUUUAUUUUUUGAAUCAUCACACUAAAAAAACUCAAUGGGAAGACCCGAGAAAGAGUUUGACCACCCAGACGGUGAACGAACACCAGCGCAGCGCCGAACAAUUGCUGAAUCCCGAUAAUAUUAGCAAAUCAAAUACUUGUACCAUAACCAAUGAACCUACGAACUCGCAACAACAUAUGUAUUUAACACUCCAAGGAAGGAACAAAACUAAGGCAGUAGGACGGUUGCCCGAUGGGUGCAAACAAUACCUAGCCCUGGACGACAAGACUCGCCAAUUCGAAAAAAAACCGCCCGUGGAUUUGCAAAAGGCUCCAACCUCGGAUGCUGUGUUGCUUUCCGGAUUGACAUUAUGGCUGUUGAACGACGAAGACGGUGAUUCUAAUCUGUCAAAAGCACUAUUAGUUACCGGGAAAACGCUCAUGUUCAAUUCGCUCAAGAUGGAGCACAUUGAAUCAAAUAAAAAUAAAGAGGAAACCAUCAGCUCUGGACAGACGACCAAUGACCUUGAUUCGCUUCCAUCAGCAGGUCAUUCGCAACAAGAAUCGGCAGACAGCGGUUCGGACUUCAGCAACAAUUACUCCCUGCUCAACACACCAAAAGAUAUUAUGUCGGCCAAUAUGGAAAACUACAUGACCUCCACUUCAGUCGAAAAUCCGGGUUCAUCGAACAUUUCGGUGGAUAAUUCGCAAGAAAUUGAUACGUUAGAUGACACUGAUGACUUAGUCCCAUCACUUGAGUUAGAAGAAGGUUUAUCCAAUGAAAUACUAGACGAAGUUAAAUUGUUAAUCAAUUCUGAUGAACAACCGGAAUCAAUUUUGACUUGGCUAUGA